GAGCAAAGUGCAUAAAAGGCCGUUUAAGUCCAGAGCAGAAUCAUUCACGGCGCCAGUCAAGACAUCGGAUCUGAACAUAACUUUCCCGCAACUUUCCUGAUUCGAUCAUCUAUCAAAAUGAAUAUGAAGAUCAUUACUACUCUGCUUAUUCUGGGGGUCGUGGUUAGCCACGUGACCUCUGCCCGCUUGGAGCAGCAUGUUGACGAGGAAGAUGACUUCGGGCUCUUUCUGGAUGAGCAGGCCAUGGACGACGUGCUCACUGCUAGUUGGUUCUCUAAAGCCAUCAGCGACGCCUCCAGAUGGACAAAGAAGGCUGCCAACGAUGUAGCCGGGGCAGUUAAGAGCGGGUGUGGGGUCGUCAACUCUCUUCCCUUAAACGAUUUGAUGAAACUCAGAGAGAAGGCUCUCCUUGAUCGUGGAGUCAGUGAAGACCAAGCUGCCGCCCUCUACGGUGGCUAUCAAGCUCUCAAGGGUGCUUGCCAACACCUCGGUUAAGAAUGUAUAGAAGAAAAUGGACGACUGACAGCUAAAGCAAUGGACCGGAUAUGCAAUUAUAAUAUUUUAAGUUAUAAGGUUCCAAAUGGUAGAGCCCUGUCAUAUAAAUAUUAUUGAUUCUACGGUAGUCACCUGUCUUUUGUAACUGCCCCUAUUCGUUUCUUCUUCCUCAACCUUUCCCUUCAUAUAUACCAAAUAAUAAUAUUAAUCAUAACUCAUAUUUACCCGG